UCCCCACCGUGCGCUUUGAAUCGUGCGCAACAGUUGGGUGGGGUCUUCUGGAGAGGAGCUAUAAAUACUCCUUGACGCCCCCAGGACUCAGACCAGCAGCGGCUCUCUGCCCUCCGCUGGAGGAGUUGCUGUGCGCCCCGGAUCUGCUCAUCAUGUCUCUGUCGGUGCGUCCCACCACGGUGCGCCUGGUGUUCCUCGGGGCCGCGGGCGUCGGUAAGAGCGCGCUCAUCCGUCGUUUCCUCCACGACCUCUUCGACCACAAGUACACGCGCACCGUGGAGGAGCUCCACGUGUUGGAGUACGACACCGCUGGGUGUGGGAAGAUGCGUCUGGAGAUCCUGGACACGAGCGGCAGCUACUCGUUCCCGGCCAUGCGGGAGCUCUGCAUCCGACACAGCGACGCCUUCGCCCUGGUGUACGCGGUGGACGACCCCGGCUCCUUCGAGGAGGUGCGGCGGCUCCGCGACGAGAUCCUGGAGCUGCGGGGCGGCAAGAGUGCGCCCAUCACCGUGGUGGGGAGCAAAGCAGAUCUGACGGAGGCCGAGGGUCGUGUGCUGCAGGCCGGGGAAGCCAUGAGCACGGUGGAGGGGGAGUGGGCUGCUGACUUCGUGGAGGCGUCGGCGCGCACAGGUGCGAACACGUUGCGGGUGUUCGGCUCGAUGCUGCAGCAGGUGAACCUGCCGCACCGGCUCAGUCCUGCGGUGCGGAGACGCAGAGACACGGAGCCCACAGCAGAAGAGAAGAGGAGAGCUCCUCUGAGGAAGAACAACAGCUGCAUCCUGUCAUAGAAACAGUUUGUUGUACAAAGACUGCAGCUGGACUGCUCGUGUUCAGCUGGAAUAAAGUUCUCAGUGAACUCUAUGGAACAGCAAAGUUUCAUAACUAUAAGAACUAUAUUUUCCUUAUGUGUUUACUAUUCUGACUUUUUUAAGAAACUCGUCAAUGAAAUGUCUUCAUUUUUUUGGUCUGCUGUUUCAUUUUUAAACCAACCAGUACAACUCAUCUCUCUGCAAAAAGAUACAUUUCUGUUUCAGAAAGUCAACACACAGAUACAAACACGUCACUUUAACAUAUAAUAUGUUCACUCUCUUUCACUUUUCAUUGGACAAAGUGCACUUUUCAUUUUUUGUGUGCCCACAAAAGUGUCCCAUCUGUUCACUAGCAGACUGUAGACUAGACAUGGGGAUCAGUAGAGGAAGAUGAGAGGAGAAUGAGUGAGGACAGAUGUUGAAAUCUGGGUUUGUUCAUGCUCCGGCUUCAAUAACGGUGUGAUUCAGAUAUUUUAUUUAAGUAAAAGUAUACCUGAGUGCAAAAAUACUCCCAUGAAAGUGAAGAUUCUUCUUCCACAAGAAAAAUCACAGAAAUACUAGCCCAAAAUAUGCUUAUAGUAUCAAAAGUAAAAGAUAUAUUUUCAGGUUAAUGUUAUUUUUGAAGGAUGCAUUUUAUGCUGUAGUUGGUUGAAGUAAACUUAGUUUGAACUGCUUAAUUACUGAGUCAAUAAAACCGAUAAACCUUGAUCUUCAAAGCAACAGAGUGCCUAAUAGAUGCAGUUGAGUAGUAAGGGAUACUAUUAUAUACUCCAAUAAAUACCUCAUGAUUGCACAGUACUUAAAUAAAUGUCCUCAGUUACCUUUCACCCCCCAAAGUCAGCAGCCUACAGUAAAUAUUUUAGUGUCUUUUGGUUAAUGUCAGGCAAUAAAUUCUCCUCCACCUUGUCAAUAAGGCAAAAUUUUAUCAAACCCGAACUUGAAUUUUAUUCCUUUUCUAUAUUUAGAAAGACAGCCAGACUUCACCUAUACUCUUGUUAUUUCAAAACUGUAGUUUAAGUAGUAAUUUAAUAUAUAAUGUCACACUUGAAACUUGGCAUGCUUUCUUUAGAAAUUCUGCAACCCUGAGCUUGUACUAACAAUCACCAUCAGCCUCUACAGAUGUUUCUCCUUUUCCCCCUACAUUAAUUCUUAUAUGCAAAUUCAACCUAUUUAGAUUUGCAUUUGUGUAUGUUUUCUCUAUUUAGUAAACAAAUCCACACAAAAACAAAUCCUCUGUGUGAUUAUUUAAUCAUUCUUGUAAUGGUGAAAGCUGCUUUUGUCAGCAGAUGCAUGGAGGGAAUAUUUAGAUCAGUAUGCGCUUUAUAAAAAUAGCUACUCUUAUUUGCAUGAAGCAGCAUUGUGCUGUUUUGACACAGAUACAAACACCUCUGUCAAGUGGAGCAAAGAGGAUAAACAAACCCACGGAUGUCAGCAUCUGUCCUCUCUUCAUCCACUUAUUCUCCUCUUAUCCUCCUCUAUAUUUAUCCCUUUUUCAGGUCUGCUGCUGAACAGAUAUGGCCCAAAAACAUUCAUGUAAGUGGAGUAGUGCUUCCUGUAGCACACAAUGGCACAAAGAAAAGAUGAAGCUCCUGAUUAGACUCCCUGGCAAAGAUGUUUUUGCAAGAUUGCUCGUGUUUUCCUGUAAAAUUAUACAAUUCUGGCAGCCAUGGUUUCCAGUAUUUUACUGUGUUGUUUCAGUGUCACAGUUGUAAUUUACUUUACAGUUAAAUAUUGUGUAAGUGACUAUAGCAAUCUGGAAUAUCAGGUUGUCUCUGUCAUGCUGUAAUUAGAUUUUUCAUUAAUAUACUGUAUUCACAUUAUGCUACCACAUUGACUGUGGUUGUAGUUUUGUGACUUGUUUCUCUUUCGUGUCUCAUUUUUAUUGUGUUUUGUUUUGCUCCUGUCAUUUGUGCCUGUUUUGUGUCUUGGUUUUGUUGGUUCAUGUCUUGCUAGUGUAGCUUUGUGUCUGUUUUUCCUUUUAUAUCGCACUUGUGCCCUUUUGUGUUGUUUUGUCUUUCGGUUUUGUCGGUUUGUGUUUCCUUUGUGUUGUCAUAUUUGAUUUUUAUCUCAUUCACCAUGGAAAAAAGAGAAGUAAUUGUAAUUUGGCAUUCUUGAAAUAAUACUUAAAAUAACUAUUGUUAAUUUCCAAAUGAUGUCUGUCAUUUUGCAGACUUUUCUAUACAGUGAUACCAAAACCAAAAACUACCAAUUUUCUCAUUUUUUUCGAAAUAAGAACAAGACAAAAUAAAGAUAGACUCUGUUCGAUUAAAGCUCUUUCAGCAUGUUGGAUGGAAGAUAAAUUGAUCUAAAAUCUGCUUUGUUUUAUUGUUUAUUUUACCACUGAGACUCUGAGAACUCACCGAUGGGCUGAAACUGUUAAAUCAAAGAAAAUGAAAUGAGAGGAAAGUUGAUAUUUGUUGGCUUUGUCAUGCAGCCUGUCUGCUCUGUCUUCAUCUCUGUAAUGACACAGAAAUGUACAAUUUUAUACAACCAAAGCUGUUCUUUCAUUAAUCCUGUUAUAACAAAGUCAUAUUUGAAAUUUGAGUUAAUUGAAUAAAUCACAUAAAGCAUUUUUGUUUAAAACAUC